GAUGGAUCACAAGAGAAACCAUUUCAAACUCCAUUACAAGCAUAUCGUCAACAUGGCGACAAUGUAACCAUUUAUGUUGAUUCAAAAGAUGAAACCAAAGGUCGAUGGGAAUUAUUAUCAAAAGCUCAAGCAAAAAAAGUUAAAACACGAUAUGAAGAAGAAAAACGCAAAGAAAAAGCUGCAGCUGAGCGAGAAGAAAAGGAUCGAAUACAACGAGAAGAAAAUUUACAAAAGGCAAAAGAAAUUACAAUUACUGAAGAUUCAUCAUUACCAAAAGCAAUAGUGCUUAAAAUCAAAGUAUUGAAAAGUCAACAUGGUCAACGAGUUAAAGUAUUUGGUUGGGUACAUAGAAUUCGACGACAAGGCAAAAAUUUAAUGUUUGUUGUUUUACGAGAUGGUACUGGAUUUUUACAAUGUGUCUUUACAGAUAGAUUGUGUCAAACAUAUGAUGCAGUUAUAUUAUCAACUGAAGCAACAAUAUCAGUAAGUGGAGUUGUUCGUCCUGUACCUGAAGGUCAAACAGCACCAGGUAAUCAAGAAUUAGUAGCUGAUUAUUUUGAAGUUAUUGGACAUUCACCACCUGGUGGUGCUGAUACAUUACUUAAUGAAGAAUCACAUCCUGAUGUUCAAUUAGACAAUCGACAUAUGAUGAUUCGAGGAGAAAAUACAUCAAAAAUUUUACGUCUUCGUUCGAUUGUUACACAAUGUUUUCGUGAUCAUUAUUUUGAUCGAGGUUAUUAUGAAACAUUUCCUCCAACUCUCGUCCAAACACAAGUUGAAGGUGGUUCUACUCUUUUUGGUCUUAACUAUUUUGGAGAACCUGCUUAUUUAACUCAAUCAUCUCAACUUUAUCUUGAAACAGCUUGUCCAGCAUUAGGUGAUGUAUUUUGUAUAGCUCAAUCAUAUCGAGCUGAACAAUCUCGUACACGUCGUCAUUUAGCUGAAUAUACUCAUGUUGAAGCUGAAUGUCCAUUUAUUUCAUUUGAUGAUUUACUUGAUCGAAUUGAAGAUCUUGUUGUUGAUGUUGUUGAUCGUGUUUUGAAACAUCCUGAAGCUCAUCUCUUAUUUGAAAUUAAUCCAACAUUUAAGACACCGAAAAAACCAUUCAGACGUAUGAAUUAUAGUGAUGGUAUUGAAUGGUUAAAAGAAAAUGGCAUUAAAAAUGAAGAAACUGGUAAAUUUUAUGAAUUUGGUGAAGAUAUACCUGAAUUACCUGAAAGAAAAAUGACUGAUCAAAUUAAUGAACCAAUUUUAUUUUGUCGAUUUCCAGCUGAAAUCAAAUCAUUUUAUAUGAAACGUGAUCCUAAAGAUAAUCGAUUGACUGAAUCGGUUGAUGUUUUAAUGCCAAGUGUUGGUGAAAUAGUUGGUGGUAGUAUGAGGAUGACAGAUUUUGAAGAUUUAUCUGAAAGUUUUCGUAAGAAUGGUCUUAGACCAGAACCAUAUUAUUGGUAUUUAGAUCAACGUAAAUAUGGAACAUUUCCUCAUGGUGGUUAUGGUCUUGGUCUUGAUCGUUUUAUGACAUGGUUAACAAACCGUAAUCAUAUUCGUGAUGUUUGCUUAUAUCCACGAUUUAUUGGUAGAUGUAAACCAUGA